AUGCAACCGCCGCAUGAUGAGGAGGCGGCAAAGGCGGCGGAUGCUGAGGAUGUCGGGGACUUCCCUGAGGAGGAGGAGGAGGAUGAGGAGGAGGAGGAGGAGGAGGAGGAGGAGGAGGAGGAGGAGGAGGAGGAGGAGGAGGAGGAGGAGGAGGAGGAGGAGGGGGAGGGUGGGCUGGAGGAGGAUUCGGACGAAGAGUGGGGAGUAAGAGAAAGGCAGAGAGGUGUGGGCUAUCGCAGGGGACCUUCUUAUCAGCGGGUCUUUUAG